AGAAAGCAAGUUGAAGUCGAUAUACGGGGGCCGGAGACCAGUUGCGCAUAUAUCAUCAGCGGACCAGCUGCGGUGCAGGCAGCAGAAGCCGACAGGACCUGAACGCAUCCUUCCAGACAUGGGUUGCUAUGACUGCUGUAUGCGCUGUUUGGCUGGGGUGCCGUACUGCUCGCUGGUCGCCACGCUGCUGUGUUUCUCUGGCAUCGCCCUCUUCUGCGGUUGUGGGCACCAGGCGCUCACAGAGACGGAGAGACUGAUCGAGAAUUACUUUGCCCGUAACCUCCAGGACUACAUCACCCUCGCCUACAUCAUCCAGUAUUUCCAGUAUGUCAUCUAUGGUUUGGCGUCCUUCUUCUUCCUCUACUGCAUCGUGCUGUUGGCUGAAGGCUUCUACACCACAAACGCUGCCAAGCAAACCUUUGGAGAGUUCAGGAGCACCAUGUGUGGCCGCUGCCUCAGUUCCUCGUUUAUUGUGUUGACAUAUGUACUAGCUGUGCUGUGGCUGUUGGUGUUUGCAUUCUCGGCGCUGCCAGUCUACUUCUUCUACAACAUGGACGCCACCUGCCACACCAUCGAUGUUCUGACUGAGACGCCAGCGAGUAUCAACCAGCUCUGUGUCGACGCAAGGCAGUACAGGCUCCUGCCAUGGAAUGCAGUGCCAGGGAAAGCUUGUGGUAUGACUCUCUCCACGAUUUGCAAGACGAGAGAAUACCAAACGACCUAUGACCUCUACAUUGCAGCCUUUGCCGGCGCGGGCAUCACUCUCUUGGCUCUGCUGACCUAUACUGUGUCAACCACCUAUAACUUUGCGGUGCUUCGGUAUCUGGGAAGAAAGGGCUUAGGUGCACGGUGUUAGGCUGCCCGGCUUCCUGGCUGUCGGCCAUCACUACUCCACCACCAACGUGGCGACGGCAACAAUUCUCUCUUCCACAUCAUCUGCACAGAACCACUUGUGGUCACGGACUCCUAAAAAUAAUGUCCUUUUUAUAUUUUAAAUUUUUGGGAUUUUUUUAUUUUUUAUUUGUUGCGUGUGUGUGUGUGUGUGGGGGGGGGGGGGUUGUGUACUGCUUUUACGUGCAGUAAGUCUUGUUUUCCAAUGCCGUGUCACCAAAAUAUAUUUGUAAAAUAUAAUUUAGACUAGUGUCCUGAAAUUAAUUUCUGCUUCCAGUUGCAUUCAAAAAUACAAAAAUCACUAACCUCACUAAUUAAUUAACAUAUAAGAAGAAAUAACUGAAUAUGUGCUUCUAGAAUGCAGCUGUUGCAGUGGGAUUAUAGGUUACCAUGGCUACCGUCCUUCACAUCUGGUUGCCACAGUGGCAGCGAAAGCAUGCAUUUGCAGUCUCGCGCUGACCUCGGGACUUUUCUCACGCGCUGGAGAAAAGCCUCAACAAUGAGUCAUCUCUGCUCGAAAAGCUAGCCAAUAAGGAGCCAGCUGUGGGGGCCACCUGCGCUACCAGCCUUCCCCAAGGGUUAUCUUGCAUGUCAGGGGGGGAGGGUCCUCCUGACAAAAGGACCACUCAAGUCUCAGGGGCGGCUCUUACGGGACAACAGCGACGCACAAUACCAUCCACAUGCUGUUGCAUGACCCCCCCCCCCCCAAUAAUGGAAGUGAUGGAUUCCGAGUGAGGGGACUGAAGGAAUUUUAGAUGUUAAGUUGUUCCUUUCUGACAAAGGGACAUGCUUGUUUCGUUUUGAUCUAGAGAAAGGUCUGAAAUAGUGUCUCAUAAUUUUGAGAUGGCAAAAGCACUGGGUGCUAACUUGUCGAGUGACCUUCUAUUAGACUUAAAAAAACAUUGCAGUGUGGCUGACGGAGGUACUUUUAUAGAGCUAGGACACCUUUUGUAUUUGUUUUUUUUAUCUAAUCCUUUGGGAAUUUUGUCGUAGUUAUUGUAUAACAAAUAUUUUUACUUACUGUAGCUGAAUUUACUAAUUCUUUUUUCUUUUCGGCAUUACUAAGCCGCGUUCUAUGUAGAUUAUUUCAUUUGGUGUAAACUUUACCAGCUGUGAGUGGUAUAUUUGUCAAAUGGCACCUGGACAUUCUUUUUUUGUGUGUUUAUCAAAUUUGACAAUAAAAAGAAUAUUCUUUCAAAUGUU